AUGGGACAAUUCAACACCAGUUGGGGAGAGGGCUUCAUUUUGGAGGGCUUCUCAGACUGGCCUCAACUAGAAAUCAUCCUUUUUAUCUCUAUUUCAAUUUCCUACUCCCUGACUCUCUUUGGCAACACCACCAUCAUCGCUCUCUCCCAGCUGGACCACCGACUGCACACGCCCAUGUACUUCUUCCUCUCCCACCUCUCCUUCCUGGACCUCUGCUACACCACCAGCACCGUGCCCCAGCUCCUGGUUAAUCUUUCUGGACUUGAUCAGACUAUCAGCCAUGGAGGGUGCGUGGCCCAGCUCUUCAUAUCUCUUGCCUUGGGCUCCACUGAGUGCGUACUCCUGGUGGUGAUGGCCUUCGACCGCUAUGCUGCCGUGUGCCGUCCACUCCACUACACCACCAUCAUGCACACUCUUCUUUGCCACAUUUUGGCUAUUGCUUCCUGGUUGGGGGGCCUGGUGAACUCUCUGAUUCAGACAGGUCUUAUGAUGGCCAUGCCUCUCUGUGGCCAUCACCUGAACCACUUCUUCUGUGAGAUGCCUGUCCUUCUGAAGCUGGCUUGUGAGGACACAGGAGGAACAGAGGCCAAGAUGUUUGUGGCCCGGGUUGUGAUCUUGGUCUUUCCCGCAGCUCUAAUUCUAGGCUCCUAUGCACGCAUUGGCAGGGCCGUGCUGAAGGUCAAGUCAAUGGCUGGACGCAGAAAGGCUUUUGGAACUUGUGGGUCUCACCUUGUAGUGGUUUCCCUUUUUUAUGGCUCAGCCAUCUACACCUACCUCCAACCCAAGGGCAGUUACUCUGAGAAUGAGGGGAAGUUUGUUGCCCUUUUUUAUACCAUAAUCACCCCCAUGCUCAAUCCUCUGAUUUAUACUCUUAGGAACAAGGAUGUGAAGGGGGCUUUGUGGAAGUUACUACAGAGAAGAAGAAAAUCAGGAUAA